AUGAUACUCUUCGGCUCUGUAGAAUUUCUUGGCGGGAAGAAUCUCGGUCACGAUCUUCCUGUUCAAGACUUUUUGCUGCCUCUCCUUAGAAGCAAUUGCUGCUUCCUCUUGUUCAGGGGUAUAGAAAAAACAUCAAGCAGGGUAUCAAAGCUGCACUCUUUCGGGUCGUACUGCACCCGGACCACCUCCGAGUGGUUCGUGGUGCCCGAGCACACAUCCUCGUACGUCGGGUCGUGCAGACGGCCUUGGGUGUACCCGACCUCGGUCCGGGUCACACCUGGCACCCUCUGGAAGGCUAAUUCGACACCCCAGAAGCAGCCGGCCCCGAAUUGGGCGAACUGCUGGCCCGGGGCGGGUAUGUCGUCGUCGGGUCCCUGGGCGAUGGCCGAGGAAGAGGACGAGUCCACGGAUGGGUCGGUGGGGGAGCGGGCACCAAAUCCCAGCCGACUGAGCCAGCUCAUCCUCGGGGUGGAGGGCCUGAAGGUGAGGGUACGGGGGGAACUGAAGCAGUUGGGGAGGGGUAGUUUGGGGAUAGAGAGGGGGGAUUUGAAGAGGGAGGAGCAGAGGGAAGGUGUGGCUAUGGUGGUGGCUGCGCUUUUGAGGAGCAUUUUUUUUUUCCUCUCGAGUCGGAGAGGGUUACUUGCUGGGUUCCAAUUUUCGAUCUUCUUGGAUUGA